UUCGCCAUUCACUUUAGGAGCAGAGCAAAACAGGCAGCGGGGAUAGAACUUUAUUAAGCGAGAUUUAAAUUGGUUGGCAGCGAACGUCUAAAAGUUAUUUGCAUAAACAAAGCGCAGUUGACGGACGCGCUAAACGAUUAAACGGAACAAAAUAAGCAAAAAAAGGCGAGAAAUUAGUCGGAAAAAAUAACAAAAUUGUAAAAAGUACUAAAAUUGGAUAUUAAUAGAAUACACUGUGCGAAGAGUAUACCCCCCGAAAAAUGAGCGUGUAAACAAAAGUACAAAGUCCAAUUGGAAAUUCGGGUGAGACAAAAACACAAAUCGAGAGUCGCAGAGGCAAAGCUGAAGUAGAAAUUGUUGCAUUUGGACUUGAGGGGAUUCCAGAAUUUGUUUGUUCUCUUUUGCCCAGUUUGCGAACAACAACGAAGCCGCUCAAGCAGAAUGACCGACACGGAUGUGGACCUGGAGAAAGUGCCUCGCCUUGGACUGCGUCAUCUGCAGGCUUUGCUGCUGUUCCUGGGCCUGGUCGUUAAUACCACACUGCAGCUCAAUGUGGGCGUGGCCGUGGUGGCCAUGACAAAUGCCACGUCCGUGAAUGUUGAUGUACCCCACUACAACUGGACGGAGCCAGAGAAAUCCUACGUCCUGUCCAGCUUCUACUGGGGCUCGGCGCUGACCCAGUUUGCCGGCGGCUACCUAUGCAAACGUUUCGGCGUCAAGCUGGUGCUCUUCCUGGGCAGCUUCGGAUCGGCCUUGCUGAGCUCCCUGACGCCGCACGGCAUCUAUUUGGCCGGGUGGCGCGCCUACUGCUCCAUACGCCUGAUGCAGGGCCUCUGCCACGGGCUCACGCUGCCCUGCAUCCACCAGCAUCUGGCCAACUGGGCGCCAGUGGUGGAGCGCACGCGCCUAGGCGCCUUCGCCUACACGGGCUUCGAUUGCGGCAACGUCCUGGCCAUGUACGCAGCCGGCAUGCUGGCCAGCUCCAGCUGGGGCUGGCCGGGCAUCAGCUAUGUCUUCGGUGCCGUCGGCCUGUCCUGGUGCAUGCUGUGGCUGCUCUUUGGGGCCAAUCGGGCCAGCGAGGCGCCUUGCAUUGGCCGUGCCGAGCAGCGCUACAUCAUUGGCGACCUGCAGCGGAGCCUGAGGCGGGAGCGCAAGAUGGCCAUACCGUGGCGCGGCAUCUUCACAUCGCCGCCGUUCUAUGCGCUGCUCUGCGCCCGCUGCGCGGACACGUGGGGCCUGGCCACGAUGCAGACGGAGCUGCCCGCCUACCUGAACGGCGUGCUGGGCCUCCAGAUGCACAGCAACGCGUUCUUCUCGGCGCUGCCCUUCCUGCUGAUGUGGGCCAUGUGCUAUGUGUACCUGAUCAUUGCGGACGUGCUGCUGCAGGGGCGUCGGCUCAGUUUGACAGCGCUGCGGAAGACCUACAACAGCAUCGCCCUGUGGACACCGGCUGUCAUUAUGAUGGCCCUGGGCUUUGUGGAGGCCUCACAGAAGCCCCUCGCCCUGGCCCUGGUCACGCUCAGCGUGGGCGUCAGCAGUGCGGCGACAAUUGGCAGCGAGCUGAACACAAUUGAUCUAUCGCCUGUCCAUGCCAGCAUACUGUCUGGCAUUCUCAGCACCUUCACCAAUUUGGUGGCCAUGCUCACGCCCCUUGUGGUGGGCGUGUUGGUGCAGCAUCCCACGGAGCGCAGCGAGUGGCAGAUUGUGUUUAGCAUUGCGGCCACGGUGCUAUUCGCCGGCAAUAUCAUCUACCUCAUUUGGGGCACGGCCGAGACGCAGCCCUGGAAUGACAAUGACACCAAGAGCGAGGCGGGGAGCGAAUUCGAGGAUGCCAAGCUGGAGAUAGCUCCAAUGGAGACAGCUCCGGCUUACGAAAAGACACGAACUGCAGCCUGAUUACUUAAAAUAUGCCAAUCCAGACGUUAGCCCAACGUAGGAUCGUAUUCUAAAAGCCAAAACUUAAUUUUACAUAAGAUCGAUAAGUCUAAGGUUGUAGAAUGAGAAGACUUGAAAUCCUUCGCACUUAUCCAUUUAUAUGUUUAAAUUGUUUAAUAAAGU